AUGUCCUUCUUAGAAACGAGUUUUGAUCGUUACUAUCAAGCCAUAGAACCCUAUACAUUCAAAUCAGUGAGUGUCGAGUUGAGUAGAGAAGAAGCUCAAGCAUUGUUGGAUGAACACUCGGAAUUUGUUUCAACAUUUAAAGAAAGUUCUAAAAUUCAGGAAUUGAUGAAUUCGUGUGAGAUGGAUCUGUUGAUGGAAUAUCAAGAUUGGAAGAGUGAAGAUACAAUGCAGCAAGCUUAUCAGAAUGAUGAAUCGAUUCAAAUUCAUCAACGAAGAAAAAUUCUUCACUUGAUUGCUGAGAAAAUUGAUCGUGCAGUGACAAAAUUACCUAAUUGGGAACAACAUGGAUUUUUCUGUCGAUUAGCAACCAUGUCUCCAAAAGAUGCUUGUAUCUAUCGUGUUGGAUUUAUUCAGAGAGUAUAUGAACAUUACAAGGAAAUUUGUAAAAUGGAAAAACAAUUACAUAUUGAUUUUGAAACGGAGAGUAAUCGAAAAUUGUAUGCCUUGUACAGAGCGAGUACAUCCAUUCUUCGAUUGAAACGUGGACACGAAGCAGUUCAAUUGUUGAUUGAAUCGGAACGAGCUCGUCAGGAGUUAGUGAAAAUUGCAAGUGGACAAUAUAAUGAGAGCACUAAAACAAAUGAAAUUAUUUUAAGAGAGUUUAAUGAGUUUGAUGUUGCAAUGGAAUUUAGAUCUUUUGUUUUCAAUCGAAAACUCACUGGUAUUACACAAUAUAAUCCUUAUGUGUAUUUUCCUCAUAUUGAAAAGAAUAAGCAAGAAAUUCAUGAGCAGAUUUCAACAUUUUUGAAUGAGCAAGUCAUUGGCAACUCUGUGAUUGAUAUUCCAAAUUUCAUUGUGGAUCUUGUCAUUACAUUGGAUGGAAAAGUGAAAAUUGUUGAAAUUAAUCCACUUGCAGAAUUUGCUGGAACAUGUUUAUUCACUUGGGAAAAGGAUCGACAUGUUAUUACAGGAGAUGGCAGCAAGGUGGAAUUUCGAAUUGUUACUGACGUGAAUGACAUGGCAGAAAAAGAAAUGUCUUCAGAAUGGAAGAUUGCAUUUGCCAAGUUGGAAAAGAUUUAUUUGAACAAGUAA